AGGAGGAGAGUCAUAAUGAACAGUUAGAAUGCUUCUUGUCUCGCAUUUUAGCAUAAAAAGUCUAUGUAAGUGGACGUCUUUUCUUGGACUCAAAAUGAAAUUGUUAAUUUUUGUGAAUAUUUGCUUCGCAAUUUCUGUGGCAUUUUGUAAUGAAAGUAAUGAGAAUAAUGUGAAUGUGAUUGAUAAAGUUGAAGCAAGAUCAACAACAGAAUCAUCAUUAUCUGAACAAAACCAUGCAAGUUCAAUGUCACCGACCUCACCGCAACCUACUUUACAGCCGACGAAGAAGAGAAAAAUUUUCUACAUAAAUCAACAGCAAAGUGGAAAAUUCAAUGUACAUUUGGAAUUUAAUGAUGUUAGUCUUGUGGUGAUACCAAAAGCAAAAGAUCCGCAGUUAUCAUUAUUGAAUUUGCUUCUUGAAUCAGCUAAAAAGUCGAACAUUAAGCUGAAUGAGGAGAAAAAGAAAGAAGAAAUUACAAAAGUGAAUGGCCAUAAUGAAGACGAUUAUUCCAAGUAUAAGAUGGAUAAUUAUAUACAUACAUCAACUAUUGAGCCGUCUAUAGAAUCACGAGCUCCAUAUCAUGUGGAUAUAUCAAGUACUUUAGCUAGCACACAACCAAUUCUCAAUAUCCAACCCAAGUCUAGCAAUAAUGCUCAGAUCACAUCAGAUAUAACAAGAAUUCCACUGUUGAAAAUUCUGAAACCAAUUCCAAUUGCAAUUCAGAUGCCGCAAACGAUUAAGAAAAUUGCAAAAAGAUCAAUUGAUACGAGUUUCUUGGGAUAUGACAGCAACGUAUUAGGUGAUACGAACAUUCCAGACGAAAGUGAAGACGAAAGAGACUUGAUUAAUACAAUUGAGAACAGCGACAAUGUUAAUGAGUUAAGUAAUGACCACAUCGAGCAUUACAAAACGGAAUUUACUCUCUUAGGUGCAGCAGAAAAUUGCGGACCAGGUAGAAGUAGAAAUUCUUACCAAGUUUGUGUACCGGUAACUGAGUAAUAUGUCUGUGCUUUUAAUCUUAUAAAAUUUGAUUUUUUAAAAAUAUUUUUUUUUCGGAAGUGGAAGUUUUUAAAUUUGUGUCAUCAUAAAAUGAGAAUUUUCAUUUAUUUUUGAGAUGCACUUGAAAUAAUUUGAUAAAGUUAUGAGGCUUUUCUUGAAUUGUCACUUAUAAUAUUCUCAUGAAUUGCAUUAGUUUUUUUUUAUUAUAAUAAAAGUGCUUAGUGAAAAGUGUUUAAAAUUUAAAACAGAGUUGUCACUAAUUUGCAAAAGAGAUCUGAUAAAAAUAAAUCAAUUUUUUUACCAUGUGUGACAAUUCUGAUUUGAAAGUAUCUAAUUUCUAGAAAUGGAAAAUACCCAAUUGAAAUAAAUUU